CCUCUCAUCAAACAGCCAUGCCUCCCCCCCUUUCGGCAAACAUGUCUACUUGUUCCUGCAGGACAUAAGACCCAAUCCUCUGGAGUUGACCCAUCCAACAUGAGUGAAUGAGACCUUUUCCUUCUUUCUUGAGUUGUUUUUCGUAUACGUGUGCGCUUGGCAGACAAUGUCUUCUCCCCAUCACACGCAGGCGUAUCUCGACGCUGAUAAGGGCCCGACUAUUCUUGGGCUAGUCAUCACUGUCUCUAUUCUGAGUACAAUCUUUGUGGCUGGCCGUGUGUAUACGCGAAAGAGGAUCAUAGGCGCACUGCACCUUGAUGACUGGUUCACAAUAGUUGCAGUGAUCUUCGAGUGGUGCCAAGUCGGUGUUACAGUUGUGGCUGUUAAGAACGGCAAUGGCAGACACUUUGAUCUUCUAAACGUGACGCAGCAGCAGAAUGUCAUUCUAUACACUAUCUUGGGCUUCCCGUUUGGCGUCAUGGCCUUUGGGUUUCCCAAGCUCGCUGUCGUCGCGCUCAUCACACGCCUCAUGAAUCCCGGACGAUUACACAAGAUAUUUCUAUGGGUGCUGGCUGGAUGUUGCAUGAUGGGUUUGAUAGGGUGUAUCAUCAUUCUAUUUGCUCAAUGCUCCCCUGUCGAGUCGCAGUGGACGUUCUCGAUCACUGAUAAGAAGUGCUGGAGUCCUUAUGUUCUUGUCAACUUUGCCAUUUUUGCGGGCGCCUUGUCUGCAUUUACAGACUUGUACCUUGCUGUGUACCCUGCCGUGGUGUUGUUCCAUCUUCAAAUGAACAAACGGAAGAAAAUUGCCCUGUCGUUUGCUUUGGGUAUCGGCUCAAUCGCUACCAUUGUAGCCAUCUACAAAUGCACCCGUCUACCAUCGCUUGCAAGUAAAGACUUCUCUUACGAGACAUCCGACCUUGUGAUCUGGACUGUCAUCGAAGCGAGCACCAUCAUCAUCGCCUGCUGUAUCCCAGUCCUCCAACCCCUCGUAGACGCUCUAUUGGGCCGCCGAGCCUUCGGAUCCUCCCCCGGCUACAAAAACUACAACUCCUCCGGAUACCAGAACUACGGCAACUCCCGAACCGGCCCAAACAUCGAGCUCAGCGACAGCAGGAAACUGCGAAGCGACGAUCGAGGAAACAUGACGAAUGUAAAAUAUCUCGGGUCCGGGGCCGCGGAGCUUGACUCACAGGAAAGCAUACUGCGGCACGAUGGUGCAAAGACAACGGAUGCUCAUUCUGUCAAUGCGCCGACUGAAGGUGAAGUUUCUCGAUAACGGUAAUGAUGCCGAGCUACGGAUCACGAUUGUAAGAUAGUUAGCACGAAUGCCAUGCGUCUAUGUCAGAAGUUCUAAAUUACAGGCGACUCUUUGAAGAACAAGAAGUCGCAUCAAUUGGAGUUCAGACUGUGUUUAGCGAUGUCACAGCCAUUCCGCCGCAGCGAGUAGCCGACCUACCUAAGAGAUGAACGCGUAAUCUAAGACUUUACUAAACUUGCC